UUGCACGUCCAAAGCUCUAGAAGGAUGAAUGCCAAUAUGCCAUAAGCAACCAACUUUUGAGGACGUUAGAGGGACGUGACUGAUCAUGCUGCUUUGCUAGAUCAGAUCAAACAGCCAGCCUCCCCCACGCAAAUCACAUCUUUCAUUGAUACACAACCUCUUUUCCCCUUGUUGCAAAUCCUGGGAUUACUCGGAAAGGCUCCUCUUUUCUGUUUGAUCUGCCUGGUGCCAACUUUGGCAAAGGCCCAUUAUUGCCCUGUGCUGUCGCCCAGUCCUCCUCGCCAGCCAAUUUACUCACACCUGCAGUGCUAUGCUUGCUCACUGCGUGCCAUCAAUGCUCGCUCUGUGAAUCUCUGCUUAUUUCCAUCACUGGAAAUCUCCUAUCGCGGUCGAGCGGUGCGUAGGUGGGGUUCGGCCAAGCUUCAUUUAUUCCCCCAAAAGAUUCAACCUCGUGGAGCCUUGAUUGCUCGGGAUUUUCAGCGUCUUCUUCAGUUCUUUCUUGGACCUUUGGCAUUCGCGAUUCUCUCUACCUCUCUCCUUUUGGUGUAGAUUUCAGCUCCGAGCUUCGGUUUCAGUGUGUUCUUCGAGGUUCGCCUCUUUACCACUGUUCCCAACACAAAGAUCCCCCCUUGUUUUUGCUCGCCGGAUUGGUUCAUCCAAGAUCUGAGCUUGUUGGAGCAACCGAGGAGCCCAAGAUUUAAUUUGGAGCAGCUGCUGCGACCUUUUUCUGUCCAUGGGUUCCUGUUCUUGGUCCGGCCAUGGAGGAGCGGUGGCGCUCGUCGUGGCGGCGGUGAUGCUCUUCUGGUCGGCCGCGGGGGUGGGCGCCAUAGGAGCGAACUGGGGCACGCAGGCGAGCCACCCACUGCCGCCGGACACGGUGGUGAAGAUGCUCAAGGGGAACGGCUUUCAGAAGGUGAAGCUCUUCGACGCCGAGGACGGCACCAUGAGCGCGCUCAGGAAGAGCGGGCUGGAGGUGAUGGUCGGCAUCCCCAACGAACUGCUCAUGAUAAUGGCCACCAGCAUGAAGGCCGCAGAGAAGUGGGUCGACAAGAACGUAUCCAACUACCUCAACGAUGGAUGCAACAUCAGGUAUGUUGCGGUUGGUAACGAGCCUUUCCUGUCGACAUACAAUGGAAGCUUUCUGCAAACAACUUUUCCUGCCCUCCGAAACAUACAAAGUGCACUUGUGAGGGCUGGUUUGAGCAACCAAAUCAAAGUAACCGUUCCUCAAAAUGCUGAUGUCUACGAAUCAACAACUGGCAAGCCUUCUGAUGCGGAUUUUCGCGCAGAUAUUCAUGAUCGGAUGCUCGAAAUUGUAAAAUUUCUGAGUGACAAUGGUGGUGCUUUUACUGUCAAUAUCUACCCUUUCAUAAGCCUCUACAUCGAUGCAAACUUCCCUGCUGAGUAUGCCUUCUUUGAUGGAAGCUCAUCGCCCAUUGUUGAUGGCUCUGCAACAUACACAAACAUGUUUGAUGCAAACCACGACACACUCAUAUGGGCUUUGAAGAAGAAUGGAUAUGGGAAUUUGCCGAUCAUCAUUGGGGAGAUAGGGUGGCCAACUGAUGGUGACAUGAACGCAAAUGCUCAGCUCGCCCAGCGCUUCAACCAAGGCUUCAUGACACAUAUCGCUUCUGGGCGAGGGACACCGAUGAGGCCUGGACCGAUCGAUGCUUACUUGUUCAGUCUAAUUGAUGAGGAUGAAAAGAGCAUACAGCCAGGAAACUUUGAGCGUCACUGGGGCAUCUUUACCUAUGAUGGCAUCCCAAAGUACAACCUGAACUUCGGGACACCGAACUCACAGAUUCAGAGAGCAAGUGGAGUGAAGUACCUUGAAAAGAAAUGGUGUGUGCUGAAGCCUUCUGCCAGCCUCGACGACCCCAAGCUUCCAGACACCAUAAGUUACGCGUGCUCCAUGGCGGACUGCACCAGUCUUGGCUACAAGACCUCUUGCGGAAUGCUGGACAUUCGGAGCAACAUCUCGUACGCGUACAACAGCUUCUUCCAGAAGAACGAUCAAGACGACGUGGCCUGCGGGUUCUCAGGCUUUGCGACGACCACCGGCCAAGACCCAAGCACCGGGACAUGCAGAUUCGGUGUCAUGAUCGAGGUUGACUCAGCUUUCUCGUGGAAGCUGCAGCGAGCUCGAAGCAGUUCCCUCCUGAUGCUUCUUCUUGCACUUGUCCAUCUUUGUCUGUCAUUUUCGUAGGCGCUUGUGUUUGCAAGAUAUGGCUGCGUGCCAUGAGAGCAUCAACCAACAGUCUGACAGCUUGAGGAUAUUUGAUGCCUGCUGUCAGUGUGUUUAUCCAUGUAGGAACCCUUUUUUCGAGUCUUCUUUAUGCUUCUUCUUUUCGGUGGAUGCGGAUGUUGCAGCCGUAAGGUUGAAUUCUUCUUAGCGUAGCUUUCAUCUUCCGGUACCAUUGUGAUUGGGCUGAAUAUGUGCUGAACCAUUUGUAACCCAGGAAUGUGAGCGGGGGCAUGGCUAUCGAAACCUGCAAAUGUUGAUGAGUUCA